AUGACACAAACCAGUCAAGAUGCUUCUCCCUCUUUUGUUUGCUUUAUUAAUUUCAAAUUGUUCUGCCAUCCAAAAAUAAACGAAGUAUGUUCUGUUUUGGCAAUAUGUGACAAUAUUGCAUUAAUAAGAUCACAAGUGGCGGAUAUUCGCGAGGAGCAAGAACGUCAGGCAAAUAUUUUGGAAGGUUCUGCUCUAUCUCUUGAGUCUGCAAAAGUACCAAAGAAAUUUAUCACCAAAACAAAUGACGAAGUGUGUUCUAUUUUAUCAAUAUGCAACAAUCUAGCAGCUUUAAGCUCGGAGCUGGCUGCAGUGCGGGCAGAGCAAGAACGUCAAGCAGAUCUUUUAGAGAAGUCCUGUAAGGCGGACAAAAAUCCUCAUCCUGCAAAUUGUCAUGAAGCCUUAAAGGAAACUCCUAAAAGCGGCGUUACUGAGAUCCUUGUGCCAGAGUACAGUAAAAACCCCUUUAAGGUGGCCUGCGAUCAGGAGACUCAUGGCGGGGGAUGGACAAUCAUCUUAAGGCGAACUGAUGGCAGCGAGGACUUCUUCCGCGAAUGGAAGGACUAUGAAGAGGGCUUUGGCAGAGUGGAUAAGGAAUAUUUCGUGGGAUUGGCAAAGCUGCAUGCAUUGACCUCUUCGGUACGCCAGGAACUUCUGGUCAUCGUUAAAGAUGAUGCUGGAGAGCGUUACGCUAUGUACGACAAUGUCAGGAUCGGCGGAGAGUCCAACAAUUACACCUUGGAAUCGCUGGGAUUUUAUUCUGGCACCGCCGGUGACGCUCUCAAAUAUCACGAGGGAAUGCAAUUUUCCACCAAAGAUCGCGACAAUGACAUUCACGAAACCCGUCACUGUGCCGUAGAAUAUACGGGUGCCUGGUGGUACCGUUCUUGCUAUGAUAGCAAUUUGGCUGGUCUCUAUAGUAAAUCGAGUUAUGGUGGCACCAUACGCUGGUAUACCUCUUCACAUAUUGAAGCGCUAAAAAUGCAAUAAUGAUGAUAAGGCCAAGAGCCGGAGAACCUCAAGGGGUAACAACUGGAACUCAUCCUAUAUGACUCGAUAUUAUUCGGAGAAGUUCUACACUAUUGCCAUCGGAAUAUAUAUACUCAAAUGAUUAUCCAUAUAUGUUU